GGUCCCGCCCUCCGGGCCCCGCCCACCGAGCGCUGUACGGCUCGCAGGUCCGAGGACCUACCUGCUCGGGACUGGCGCCGUCCCCCAGUGGGAGAGCCCCGGUGUCAGGCAGACACGCCCGGGGCCAAGUGUCGCCCCAAGGUGGGGGGAUGGGUGCUCAGCCGCCCGCGGCCCCUACCGAGCAUGCUCAGUCGAGGGUCCGACUGCCGGCUCCGGCCUGGGGCGCCCGCCACCACCCUGCGGAGGGAGAGGAAGCGGGAGUGUCCCUUCCAGACACUAUGGAAAAGUACCAGGUUUUGGACCAGUUGAGCCCUGGGGCCUUGGGGGUGAACCUAGUGGUGGAGGAGACAGAAACCAAAGUAAAGCUGGUGAUAAAGCAGGUACAAUGCAUUGAUGAGUAUCAUGCCAACAAGGCCCUGGAAGAGCUGAUGCCUCUGCUGAAGCUUCAGCACGCCCACGUCUCCACGUACCAGGAGCUGUUCGUGAGGUGGAAUUGUAAGAGUUCCUCUGUGUUUCUCUGCCUGGUGAUGGAGUACUACAGGGGAAGCUUCCAGACGGUCAUUGAGAAGAAGAGGGCGACUCGGACAGUCAUUGACCCCGAGUGGAUGCAAAACAUGCUGGGCCAGGUGCUGGAUGCUCUGGACUAUUUGCACCAAUCAGACAUCCUCCACAGGAACCUCAAGCCCUCCAACAUUGCCCUGGUCAGCAGCAGCCGCUGCAAACUGCAGGACCUGAGCUCCAGCGCGCUCAUGACCGACAGGGCCAAGUGGAACAUUCGUGCAGAGGAAGACCCUUUACAUAAGUCCUGGAUGGCCCCUGAAGCCCUCACCUUCUCCUUCAGUCAGAAAUCCGACAUCUGGUCUUUGGGCUGCAUCAUCCUCGAUAUGGUCAGCUGCUCCUUCAUGGACGCAGCAGAAGCCACGAGUUUGCGCAAGUCCAUCCGGAGUCUCCCAGACGGCCUGCAGGGCGUCCUGAAGACCAUGGCGGAGAAGCAGCUCCCCGACACGGCCGCCUACAGCUCCCUUCUGCCUUGGAUGCUGCGGAUCAGCCCCUCGGAGCGAGCCAGCGUCAGGGAUGUGAUGCACAUCGCCUUUGUGAGCAGCCACUUCAGGUCCUCGAGCAUGGCUGUGUCGCUGCACGGGCAGGUGGUGCCAGCGUCCGUCACCGACCCGCUGUUAGAAAGCGACAUCGCCAGCAUCACAGAGGUCAUGCAGAACUUCGCCAGCCAACCCGAAGUCCAGCUCAGGGCCAUGAAGAGGCUCCUGCGAAUGCCUGAACAGCAGCUAGGUCUGCCAUGGCCGAGGGAGCUGGUAGAGGCGUUGAUGGCUGCCAUGAAGCAGCACGAGGGGAUCCUUGACGUCCAGCUGUGUGGCUGCUCCCUGCUGCUGCGUGUUCUGGGCCUAGCGCUGGUACAGGACCCGGAAGCAGAGGCGCCGAGGGACCCCUCCGUCCUGCUGAGGAUCCUGCGGAGCCACCCUGGGUCGGAGCAGCUCCUGGUCCUGGCCUACAGCUUGCUCACCAUCAUCUCCAGCCGGGGAUCGGUCUCAGAGGAGCUGCAGAAGGCUGAGCUGUUCGAGCAUAUCCUGGAGCGCUUGGACGCCUUCUCCAGGAACAGAGACGUCUGCAUCAAUGGCCUGGGCCUGCUCUGGGCCCUCCUGGUGGAUGACAACAUUGUGAACAAGGCCGCUUUGGAGAAAGCCCCGGUCCUUGUUGCCAAGGUGCUGGCCACCUACCCCACGGACGUGGAGGUGGCUGAGGCUGGCUGCGCUGUCCUCUGGCUGCUGUCCCUGCUAGGCUGCCUAAAGGAGCAGCAGUUUGAAGGGGUGGUCGCACUAUUCCUGAAAAGCAUCCGCCUGAGCCAGGACAGAGUCCUACUGGUGAAGAACGCCUACCGGGGACUAGCCAGCCUCGCAAAGGUGUCCGAGCUGGCAGCACUGCAGGUGGUGGCGCCGGCGGAGGGCAGCAGCGGCCUCACCCUCCUCCAGGAGACGUACCAGCUCUACAAGGAUGACCCGGAGGUGGUGGAGAAUGUGUGCAUGCUGCUGGCCCACCUCGCUUCCUACAGUGAGAUCCUGCCCGAGCUGGUGUCAAGCGGCAUCCAGCCACUGGCCCAGGAGAUCAAGGGGCGCUUCACCUCCAGCCUUGGGGUGGUCUCUUACGCAGAGAAGGUGCUCCUGAGGCUGGACGCGGCCACACCACCCAGCUCUGCUGCAGGGCAGUCGUCUCCACCCUGAGGCCGGCAGCUGCCUGCCCGCUCCUACCUGCCCGCCUUCUUUCCCCCGACCCCUCUCCCAGUCCCUUUUACUUGGACUUCACUGGAACUGCCCAGGGAAAGGGCCUUUUUCCCAGGGUCAGGGUAUGUGCACGUGCAUCGCACACUCUACAU